GGUGAAAAGCCUUACCAAUGUGCCACAUGUGGUAAGGAUUUCACAAAAAAAUGUGAUCUCCAAAAACACCAGAGGAUUCACAUCAAUGAAAAGCCUUACCUAUGUACCACAUGUGGUAAGUCCUUCAGAGAAGGAAGCAGUUUAAGGAGACACCAGAGGAUUCACACCAAUGAAAAGCCUUACCUUUGUACCACAUGCGGAAGAGCUUUUAGAGUGGCAAGCGAUUUAAGUAGACACCAGGUGAUUCACACUGUUGAAAAGCCUUACCAAUGUGCCACAUGUGGUAAGGAUUUCACAAAAAAAUGUGAUCUCCAAAAACACCAGAGGAUUCACACCAAUGAAAAGCCUUACCUAUGUACCACAUGUGGUAAGUCCUUCAGAGAAGGAAGCAGUUUAAGGAGACACCAGAGGAUUCACACCAAUGAAAAGCCUUACCAAUAUGUCACAUGUGGUAAGGCCUUUACACAGGCAGGUAAUUUAAGAAUUCACCAGAGUACCCACACUGGUGAAAAGCCUUACCAAUGUGCCACAUGUGGUAAGGCCUUUACUCAGGCAGGUUAUUUAAGAAUUCACCAGAGGACCCACACUGGAGAAAAGUCAAUGUAGUAGAUUUGUCAGAUAUGGAUAAAGAAAAAAACAGUUGGCAAAGGUUUUUUUGUAACAUUAUUAGAAUGCUUAACAUAAUGUAUCUAAAAUUAUUUCACUGUUAUAACACGAAGGAAAAAAUGCAAUUUCUUGAAAGGUCUUUUUUAAAUUUAAAUAUCCUUAAGUAUCUUUGUGUGCUCUGACAAGACAAUGGUCCUGAAUACUUUAUUUCCCCAUUACCUUUAAGACAUACUUUUCAAUAAUAGCUAAAUAAUUAAACUGCUCUCUAUUUAAAAUAACAUGCAGAAAUUCGGGCCACCACUUAGAAACAUUGUUUUAGACAUCCUCUCAUGAAUUUAAGGAUAUAUGUUAUUUUGUUUUGAAGAAACAUGUUGUAUGUGAUUCCAUGUAAAAUAUGAGUGUAUUGCACUCUGUAAAUAUGUACCACUAUGGACUAUAUGUAAAUGAUUACCGUGUAUGUGGAAGUGACUGAGACCACAAGUGGAUAUAGUAGUAAAAAUAUUUCCUUUGUUGUGUUUGCCCAUGAAACAUGUUAUGAGUAGAUGCUAUUGUGCAUAUGCAUAUUUAUAUAUCUCUGACUGAGCCAAUGUAAUACCAUGCUGAGAAGAGAUUCUUGACUGUAAGGUGCUUCUCCUGUUGCUA